CAAAGACUUGAUGCUAGCAUGGAAAUUGUUGGGCUUCGUGUAUAUCGCUAUGCUUACAGUCAGAUAAAACGGCCAAAGGUGAAGAAAUGUCUCGAAGAAAUAGAACAAGCAAAGAACCGUCUGAAGAGUGUGACACCAGAGCAUGAAGGUGCACCUGUUCUCCUCCUUGCCCUGCUUGACGAGGAUGAAGAGCUCAUCUACAAGACCGUUGAGGAGACCGCCCAUGACGAUGACCUAGGAGACAUGCCCUUGACGACCAUAAUAUGUAUGAAAGGACCGGGUCUUUUUGAGGCAGAAAUGUUCACUGUCUGUGUGGAUGGUGUUGCUCUAUUGACUACUCAGCGGGCCGCAGCUUUCAAAGCCAUGUUUCUUUUAUACUUUGUCCUUAACAUCGAGUAUCGACCUGAAGUGGCUUUGACAUUGGAGUUUGUGCAGAGGUGA